UCUUCACAAUCCCAUCUAAACAUUCUCUUCAUUAACAAGAAAAAGAAGAAGAAGAAAAUGAAGCUCUUUUCUCUAAUCUUGGUCGCAUCAUUCCUUGCAUCAGUAGCUGCCACAGCCAUCGACAUAGCUGACAAGGAUUUAGAGACGGAAGACAGUCUCUGGAGUCUCUACGAGCGAUGGAGAAGCCAUCACACUGUCUCGAGAGAUCUCGAUGAGAAACAAAAGCGUUUUAACGUUUUUAAAGAGAACGCUCGCUACAUCCACGACUUCAACAAACGCAAAGACAUCCCUUACAAGCUCCGCCUCAACAAGUUUGCCGAUUUAACCAAUCAUGAAUUCCGCUCCACCUAUGCAGGAUCACGCAUAAACCACCACCGCUCGCUCCGCGGUUCCAGACGCGGCGGCGCCACAAACUCAUUCAUGUAUCAGAGUCUUGAUAGUCGUAGUCUUCCUGCCUCCAUAGAUUGGCGGCAAAAAGGCGCCGUCACGGCUGUGAAGGACCAAGGCCAAUGCGGGAGUUGCUGGGCGUUCUCGACGGUGGCUGCGGUGGAGGGAAUAAACCAAAUCAAGACGAAUAAGUUGGUUUCAUUGUCGGAGCAAGAACUUAUUGACUGCGACACGGACGAGAACAAUGGAUGCAACGGAGGCCUAAUGGAUUAUGCUUUCGAGUUCAUCAAGAAAAAUGGAGGAAUUUCUUCCGAAGCUGAAUAUCCUUACGCCGCAGAAGAUAGUUACUGUGCCACUGAGAAGAAAUCGCAUGUGGUUUCCAUUGACGGGCACGAAGAUGUCCCUGCAAACGAUGAGGACUCUUUGUUGAAAGCUGUGGCGAAUCAGCCUGUAUCAAUCGCCAUUGAAGCUAGUGGCUAUGAUUUUCAGUUCUACUCCGAGGGAGUUUUCACAGGCAGGUGUGGCACAGAAUUGGAUCACGGGGUUGCAAUCGUGGGAUACGGGAAAACACAGCAAGGAACCAAGUAUUGGAUCGUGAGGAACUCAUGGGGGCCGGAGUGGGGGGAGAAAGGCUACAUAAGAAUGCUCCGCGGCUCCUCAGAUCAAAGCGGCUUGUGCGGCCUUGCAAUGGAGGCUUCUUAUCCAAUCAAAACUUCUCCCAAUCCUUCGCACAAGCGCAGGGAUGAACUCUGACUACAAAUAUUGGCUUUAUGGAUUCAAAAUAAGGAUAUCAGUUGAUUAGAAAAAUUGUGAUUUUUAUCUUGUUUGUCUUUGUUUGAUGUAAUUUAUAAAUCAAAUGUAGUUUUAAUUGUUGCAUUACUGUUCUGUAUUUGAAAUGAAUUAAAUUACUUUUAGUUUCAUCCUUGUAAA